AUAUGGCGAUGUGUCCCAGAAUGUGUUGGAAAUUAUUUUUGUUAGCUGAAGUUUUACCAGUUUUAACACAAGGCCGUCAAAAUCAAAGCGAUGUAUCACACAUAAAAACAUCAAUAUCACCAUCUCCAACAAUAACGGCGCCAACGUCAUCAAUCGCAUCGCCAAUUAAAGACGACGAAGAUUUAAACGCAAACCGAGAAGGAAACAUUGUAAGUCCACGUGAGUUUAAAGGGCGAUUUGCAAUCACAAACAUCGAUUACAAACCCCAAUAUGCAAAUGUCAAAAGUGACGAGUACAAAACUCUCAAAGACUCUCUCGAGAAAGCAUUAGACAGCUCGUUAGAAAAUACUGUUCCUGGUUAUAUCAUGUGUGCAGUGCGCUGGUUCUAUAAAGGAAGUGUGAUCACAGACUUUGUUGUGUUUGUGAAUGGAAAUGAAAAUGUCUCCCCUGAAGAGUUACAAAAGGCGAUUGUCUCAGCUUCGUCCACGGGUUCGCUGGCAAAUUUUAAGUUGAAGAAUGUUGUUAUAGAGUCACCGCAGGACCAAAGAAGUGGAGAAAAUGAGGACAACAAAGGGUCUAUGAUCAUGAUCGAGCUGUGGAUGAUAAUUACUUUCGGUGGUAUAGUGAUUGUUAUUGUUCUUCUCUUCUUCAUUCUUGGUCUUUUGAUAAGAAACAGAUUGUUAAAGAAAGCCCUAACUCAAGAGAGACGUGUCACUGAAGACCUAAGACACCAACAACAGUUGCAGCAAGAGGGGACAAGGGAAACGUUGUCCAUUGUGGCUGCGUCAUCUACUGAUGAACUUACGACCAUGCUUGAUAGCAAAAAGGAAGUAAAGAAAUACCAGAGUCGAUCAUUUUCCAUCGGCACCUCAAGGUCAGCGGAAAGACUCAUGGAGCUCUUGAAAGAUUCUGAUCAGGUGAAAACUGCCACAGGCGAACGAGCAGAACAUAAGUCAUCUACAGUUUUUUCAGGAUCGGCAACUGUUCCCAGUGUCAUAUCAAACGUUUCAGCCCAUGAGGGUGAAUUCAGCACUUCAAGCUCCCUAAUUGAUGACGUCACGAUGUCAGGAGACCACACCCAUCUAAGAAAGGUUCCUUUUGCAAUGAGCAAACCGUUAAUUUUCAUCAGCCCUCCCAAGGAAAACACAGUGUCGACUGCUAAAGAGGAUUGGCCUCAGGAUGAAGAAACUCAGAAAGAAAGCGAUGAAUCUGGAUUUACCAAAUUAAAAUAUACUCCGGCGAUACUUCAGCAGGUACAAGCGUUUGAACAAGGAACUAUCAACACAAGCGACGAAGAAGAAAAUGAUAAAAACAAACUAAUGAGAAGCGAGCCCAAAAAGCUGAGACAUAUUUCACUCAGCGCUACUGCAUCACAACAAAUGAAAAUUUCCGAAGAGCGACGACGGAGAGAGCAUGAGAUUCGACCUUUAGGUGGAGUGAUCAAGGUAGGUCUUCCUGCUUCCUAAUCAGAAGUGGAUAUGAAAGGGGUUACGGUGCUGAUACAAUCA